AUGGACAAAGAGACUGAGGCAACGGUAAAGGAGUUUGAGGGUGUGUUAGAUGAGCUAACAUUUAACUCGAGGCCCAUAAUUACCACGCUGACGCGAAUGGCAGAGGAGAAUAUAUCAUGUGCACAGUAUUUUGUAGAUGCGGUUGAAGCCAGGAUUGAGAAGUGGAAACCUAGUCAGAAGUUAUUUGCAUUUUACGUUAUGGACUCUAUCUGCAAGAAUGCUGGGAGUCCCUACACCAUAUAUUUCAGCAGAAAUUUGCCUAACCUAUACCGGAAAGCUUACUUACUUGUCGACAAUCAAGUCCGGACGAAGCUAAUAAGGAUGUUCAAGACAUGGGUUGAGCCCAACCAGUCAACUGGUGGUUCCACUUUUCUAUUUGAGAAGACUGCUUUGGAUAAGAUAGAACAGUUUUUGAUUAAGGCUAGUGCUUUACACCAAAAGAAUUUGGAGUCACAAUUGCCAAAACCAACUGUACCGUUACUGUUGAAGGAAAUAGACAAGCUAGCAUAUAUUACAAAUGAAAGGCUCAAGGAUCAGCCUAACGAUGACAAGUUACAGAAGAAAAUAAUGGUUUUGCAGCAAUUAAAGAAAGAACUGCAAAGAGAAAGGAUGGCUAGCAGUGCAUUGAAGCAAGUGCAAAUGCAAUUACGGAAUAUUUUUGCUCAAGAUUACCAAAAAUUACAGGAUAAGCUUCGUUAUCAACAGCAGCAACAGCAACAGCAGCAACAGCAGGAACAAUUCCUUGAACAGCAACCAACCAAAACUGGUGAUGCACAAUCAAGUAGGUCGACUCCAGAUAUGCUCAGUGGCUCUGCAAUUCCAUUAUUCGGAGAUCAAAAUGGGUCAACAUUAUUUGGUGAAUCGACUCCAAUGUUCUCUACCCCAGAUUUUGUAGAAAUUGAUAACAACAAAAAUCAUCAACUUAAUAAAUUGAAAUCUCUGUUCAAUGAGUUAGAUUCUGUUGGGCUUCUAUACAAGCCAAAGAAUGAAUCUAUAGUGACUCUUUAUAAUAAGCUUAAUGGUAUAACUGGGGAUAAUGAGGUUGAUUUGAAAUUGAAAGAAUACAACCAACUCAAACAAGUACCUACCGUAUCCGUCCUGCAGGGUAUAAUUAAUGAUUGUAAGGCUUACUUCGCUACAGCAAAUAUCGACAUAUUAAAUUCACCAAAUCUACAAUUAAAUCAAGGGAAUCUACUUAACCAUAACUCUACAGUAGAUGUGAGGCUAGUUAACUUAUUAUAUCGCUCAAAGCCAAACAAGUGUCUUACCUGUGGUAAAAGAUUUGGUAACUCCAUGGAGGAUAAGAAGGCUGAAGCGGAUCACUUAGAUUGGCACUUUAGAAUCAACAAGAGAAUAAAAGGUUCAAGAUUAGUGAAUAAUCCAUUUACGUCUAGCAAUGUCUCUUCGACUCAGAAGAACAUUCAAUCAAGGACUUGGUUCCUGAAUGACAGUGAUUGGGUUAAAUUUAACGAUGAUGAAAUCGUUUCAACUACCAGAGACAUUGAUCAACGUCAUAACAAGGAAAAGAACAAAAGUUCCGAGGAUGCAUAUAGUAAAAUUGCUAGUGAAUCACUAGCAAAGAGCGAAUCUACAGAUUUCAUUGAUGUGAACGACCUAAGGAAAAAAUAUGUUGUUGUUCCAGAGUCAUCGGAUGACAUGAGCUUUCAAUGUCCAAUUUGUAAAGAGACCGUUUCCAGUGUUUUUGAUGAGGAUAGUGGUGAAUGGAUUUGGAGAAAUACCAUAUCAGUAGAUAGUAAAUUUUUUCAUGCAACAUGUUAUUUUGAAGCAGCACAGUCGAGAGACAGUUUGGCUGGUGUAACAGCAGACUUACAAAAAUUAAAGCAAUUACUGAAAAACUAA